GUUCUUUUAAAUAUUGUUAAAUGAAAUAGUAUUUUCGUUGAAUAAUAAACAAAGCGAUGGAAAUACCUUUGAAUGUGGAUUGUAUCUGCCGAACAUGCUUAAGCGAAACAGAUAGGCUUAUUUGUAUGUUCGACGAUGACGCCCAGGAAAGUGGUAGUAUACCGUCGAUGAUAUCGGCCUGUAGCAAUAUGAAGAUAAGCAGAAAUGAUGGACUGCCGGACAAAAUUUGCCAAAAGUGCCUGGAGCUGGCACGGAACGCGUUCGCAUUCAAACAACAGUGCGACAUUGCAUACCGUACCCUUCGUUCGCUGGCGGAGCAAUACAAUCUAGCCGUUGCAGCGUCGGAGAACACCAAAGGAACACAGACGAACAAGGUAGACCAUUAUAAGCAAUGUACUCCGAAUUCAUGUGAUCCAAUAGCUAUAGCAAAAGGUACAGAAUUAAAGCAUAAGGACCCGGAAAUCCUCGUUGAAGUGGAAUACUUGCAUGAUGCAACAGAUACAGGUCCUGAUAAAAGCAAACUUAAUUCGACAAUGGAAAAUUCGGCUUGUAAAGUAGAGGCAUUUGAAAAUGUGGAAUACUUGGUGGAAACUUUCGAUGAAGAUAUAAAGAAUAUAAAAAGUGAACCGAUCACUGAGGACAAGAAUUCAAACUCGGAUGUAGACUUCGAUUGCGAGCAGGUCGAUUUCGUAGAGCUUGAAUAUGACGAAGAAGCAGAAGAUAGUCCCAAUCCGAUCAAGGAAGAAUCGUCGAAAAAGUCAGCCAAAGUUUCACUCGGAAGCCACAAGUGUGAAUAUUGCAGUAAAGUAUUUCGCAGAGGCACGCACCUAAGACGUCAUAUUCUAAUCCACACGCAGGAAAAACCCUUCAAAUGCAAAAGUUGUGCCAAAGCAUUUGCACGAAGUGAUCACCUGACGAUUCAUGAGUCCACGUUCCACUCGAAGGAACGACCUUUUUCGUGUAAACUUUGUGAGAAGUCUUUCAAACGUGCCGAACACCUCCGGAAUCACAUUGAAUCGAAACACAGUGAAACAGUAUCCUCUAAAAAGCAAGAUUUCUGUGAAGUCUGCAAAAAAGGUUUCACCUCGGCGAAGAAUCUUGAACUGCACAAAAAGACUCACUUGCAACCGAAAGUUUACAAAUGCACCUACUGUGCAGAACAGUUUGCCGACAAGAACGAUCACCGGCUGCAUGUUCGACAAUUGCAUCUGGAAGGGAAAUCGUUCUUGUGCUCCGAAUGUGGACAGAGUUUUCUCAGAAAUGAUUACCUGAUGGUUCACAUGAGACGCCAUAAAGGAAUUAAGCCAUACAAGUGUAAAUUCUGUCCGAAGGCAUUUCCACGAGCUACGGAUUUGAGGGUCCACGAAAAGUAUCAUACAAAUGAGAAACCGCAUCUCUGCACCAUUUGUGGAAAGAGCUUCCACCGGGCGUACAAUCUUGUGGUACACAGCCGGACCCACAAUGGAUUGAAGCCGUACCAAUGCCCGCACUGUCCGAAGAGUUUCGCUCAAGGCAACGAUCUGAAGGCGCAUGUUCGACGUCACACCGGAGAACGUUACAGAUGCGAUCUGUGCAAUGAAGGAUUCAUCCAAGGCUACCAGUUGACCAAUCACAAGCGUACGGUUCAUAACAUCGACACGGCGACCAGCACUCGGCGGGUAACGAAGUUUCUCACUCCAUCGGCCCAGGAACAGCAAAUGCUUCUACAGGAACAACAUCAGCAGCUAGAACGAUUGUUGGAACAGCAAAAGGCAUUAGAACAGCAGCAGCAACAGACUGGCUGGGACGUUGAACGAGUGGAACACGAUCCCGAUUUGGAAAAGAAAAUUUCAGAAACCAAAGAGCGAAUCCAUUUGGUGGAACGUGAGCUGGAAGAAAUUAAUAACCGUCUUCACGAAGAGCUGGAACAACAGAGCUACAAACUAAAACAACAGCAAACAGGAGACAGCCAUCUGGAGGAAGAUUUCUCCGAACAUAACAGGUCGACUAACUCCUCCUACGGGCAAGAUUUUCUGAAUGACACCACAAAUGCGCUGCAAAAUACAGAAUCGGUGAAAGAUGAAAAUUUUACCCAGUGAUGCGAACUUUCUUUAGCAGUAGAAUAAAUUAUUCAACAUUGAUGUAAUA